AUGGAACUUGGCACGCCUUCACGACCCAGCGCUUCAGCCUUCGCGGAACCUGUCGAUGAAACUUCCAUCCGUCUCCUACACUUCUCGCGGUCUGAAGAUGGCAUCUUCACUGGCAAGUUACGGCGGUUCCCGAUCGCUGGUGCACCUCACUAUUAUACAGCCAGUUAUGUGUGGGGCGAGCGGAAGUACACGGGAGUUACGAUUAAUGUGAGGACUGGAACACUGCCUAUAUUGGACAGUCUUGUGCCCUUUCUAAAGAUGGUUACUCGUCACAGCGAUUUCAAAGCUAGUGACUGGUGGUGGAUCGAUUCAUUAUGUAUCAACCUCGACGACAGCCGCGAACGCGAGAAACAGGUUCGCAUCAUGGCCGACAUCUACAAGAGGGCAAGAAGAGCGAUAGUAUGGCUUGGUGAAGAGAAAGAGAGAGACAGCGACUGUACAGAUGCAAUCGAAUUUAUGCACUACCUCUCCACUUUACAGAUCGCAUUCAAUGGAGACGACAUCGCUAUGCGCAAAAAGCUUGAGAACCCUGAGUUCACCGAGAAGUGCGCUGCUGUCAGCGCGCUGCUAGCCAGGCCGUGGUGGACAAGAGUGUGGACUCUGCAAGAGUUUGUACUUCCGAAAGAGGCGAAGCUAUACUGUGGCAUGGCGAGCAUUAGCCGCGGAAGGUUCAAGACUGCAAUCUACAGCAUCUUUCUUUGCAGCACCAUCAGCCAAGAGUUUGAACACGAGCUCGUACCGCGGAAGCUAUUCGAUGGAGCGUUCAAUCGUCGUCGCAUUCAUCAAUGGUUCACUAAACCAGCCUCGGUCGGCAUCAAUUUGAUUGCUAUCAUGGCGUAUCUUGGCAACCACUCCGCGACCGACAGCAGGGACCGCAUAUACUCGGUUCUUGGCCUGAUUAGCGAAAAGGAUCGAGAGCUCAUAGGACCCGCCGAAUAUACCACCGAUGUUGCGCAUCAAUUUGCGAAACUUGUUCGCUCCUUCUGGCAUGCUCACAAAUCGCUGGACAUUGUUUGUUUCACGCAUCUGUUCUGCCGCCACGCCGCGGUCAGCGAUCCGGGUACUAAAGAUGCAGCACCCACCUGGACUCCAGAUUGGAGGACGACCAUUGACUUCGCUUCACCUGUACCGCUCAUGGCAAGCCAAAGUGCCUGCGAACAAAUUGGAAACUUCAGGCCACUGCGGUCGACGCGGUGGAAAGCUUCAUAUGAUGCGCCUGGAUCACGCUUGAGGAAAGAAGCAAGCGUCUCUUUCUCCGGUGAUCUGAAGGAUCUGUACUGUGAUGGUGUCAUCUUAGAUACCAUACAUGGCCUUGGAGGACUUGACGGACAGGAAUUACGAUGCCAGAGCUUCGUCUGUAGCGAGACUGGCCAUGAGCUGGUGCAGUCGCAACGAGAGCAGCGCAGCGCACCAAGAGCUACCAUGUUGCCCAUGGAUUGGCUCGAAUCUGUAGCACGCUCUCUGGUCAUCGACCGCCAGGACAAGUACCUCUGCUUCCAAGCACCAGUGCACUACAUCACCGACUUCCUCUUCCUUUGCCAUGCGUGCAUCGAUGGCGACCCAGUCGACUGGAGCUUCUCUACAUGGUUCGAGCAUAACAGGAAGCUCCUGUUCGGCACCACAUCGCUAGAGGAUCUGGUGAAGCAGGUACCCACCGAGUUCACAUCGCCACCCCCAACACACCAUCGACCGCCGUCCCACCCCAUGCACCAGAUGAACGAUAAGCUCGACACUUUUCUCUCGCGCUUUCACGAUACUGUGCGGAAGAAAGCACGUCGGUUGAUGGUCACCGAACAGGGCUAUGUUGGUGUGGCACCGUGUCGCGCACGGCCGGGCGAUGUUGUUGCUAUUCUGUUCGGGUGCAGCAUUCCGCUUGUCCUGAGGAAGCAGACACAAGACGCGUGGUGGGUUGUGGGUGAAGGUUUUGUGUAUGGUUAUAUGAAUGGCGAGGUUGCCGACCUGGUCAAGAGCGGGAGGGUUGUCAGGCGUCGGCUGAGGCUUGUGUGA